UUAUAAUGCAAAAAAAAAAUAUGGUAAUAAUUGAAUCUUUAUAAUUGUGGUUGCCAAAUAUUUGGUGCAUGUUUACUGUUUAUAUUAAAUACAUUAUUAUUAUAUAUAUAUUCAAUCUAGCUUAUAUUAUUGUAACAGUAGUGUUUCUGUGGGACACAUUCUGGGUCUUUCUAAGCAAAAUUCAAACAUGGUGGCGGUAGUGUGGAUUCAGAUGAUGUCAGAAACAUGGAAAAAUGGCAAAAAUGGACAUACAUUUAUUUUCUGGGACUGUGUUAGCACUGUACUGUAUUCAUAUGGAGAUGAUUUACCAUGUUUUUGACAGAGGUAAAGUAAGUUAAUAGUGCAUUUUAGGGGCAAUAAGAGUUGGGUAAUAUGGUAAAAAUAUUUUAACGAUAUUUAUGAAGACAUUUUCAUGAUAACUGAUAUUUAUUUCGAUGUUUUAAUGGCCAGAUAAACUGCAUUAUCAGUAGCAGAUUCUUAAAAACUCCUAUUUAAAAUUUAAACUGUAUCUCAUGCACAGUACAGUAAUUCUAUUCAGUUUUUGCCAAAUACCAUCUAUUUAUAUAGUUAAUUAGUUCUUUUGCCACUGAUGUAGUAAAAUACAAUACAGUCAAUAUGAUAAGUAUAUUUAUCACAAUAAGAUAAAACAUUAUAAUAUUGGCCAGCUCUAGUGCAGUAUAUUGUCCAGUUCACUGUAUAGAAAGAUGCAUCUAUUACAUAGAUGUGCAUACUGUACGUGUACCUACUGUCAGUCUCAGUUAAAUCCAAGUCUAGACAAAUGUGUGUCAAAGGGGCGGUGAACAUCAUACCUGUUAUACAAGUGUAAUGAUGUCAGGAUGGGAGUGUCUGAACCACCCAUGGCACUGAAACUUGUACUACUCUCAGCAGAGCAGUGAGAAGAGCUCCUCAGUGAAAUCUGAUUUGGUAAAUUAAAGAUUACUUAAGAUUAUUCAUUAUUCAACUUUCAUCAUGAUUGCUGAUAUGGAGGAAUACGAGGAGCCUAUGGACACAUCGGACACUCCUUGGUUCUGGUUCUAUCAAGCUAGAUGUGGCAUUUGGCACAGAAUUGAGGAUGAUCCAGACAGUUCCCCCUCCAGCUCAGAACUAAACAGGCACUAUCUGAGAAACCCACAUGGAGUUUUAGAACUUACUACAGCAGGAGGAUGCUUUAGAAUCGAUUUCUCAAAGAAGCUUCAGACCAACCUAAUAACAGGAAAGAAGAGACAGAUAAAGCGUUCGUUUUCUGAUAUUGGACGUACUUUAAGAUGCAAAUGUGAGGACCAGGUUUCUUCUGGUCCAGAUUACUGGGAAAGGAUGGACCCUACCAAACCCUAUCAGAAAUUUUGUCUAGAUCAUCACUCAGACGAGUUCAAGAAAGUGGAGAAAUACGCUCGAGAAAUGGGUUUACUGCAGAAACCUAUCAGGGACAUUUACAGAAUACAGAAUGUGGACCUCUGGGAGCUGUACUGUAGGAAGAGAACACAGCUGAUGAGGAUAAAAGGUGUAUCUGAGCUUGAGGAACAGAUGCUCUUUCACGGCACCAGUCGAGACAAUGUACAUAACAUUUGCACAUAUAAUUUUGACUGCAACCUUUCUGACCAGAGGAGGACAGCGCACGUGUUUGGUAAAGGUACUUACUUCGCAAAACAUGCAUCCUAUGCUGAUAAAUACAGCAGCCGAGAGAGCACGGGAUUUAACACCCUGCAAAUAAUGUUCCUUGCCCGGGUAACUGUUGGGAAAUAUAAACUGGGACAGAGGGAUUUCCACAAACCGGACGGAAACACAAAAGAAAACAUACAUGACAGCAGUGUGGAUGACGAACUGUGUCCUAAGAUUUUUGUUAUUUUUGACUCCAACCAGAUCUAUCCGGAGUAUUUACUUGAGUAUGGUAGGUAAUUUGUUGAGGAAUCUCAUUGCAGGUAUUAAGAUAGCAACAACCGUCGUCAUAAACACUGACAACUAAGAGUUCUAAUGUUUGAAGCCCUAGGGAACCCAAAUUUGUGUUUUAUUUCUAAUUAGAAGAAAAUUAGCUCUAUAGUUAGUAUGUUUGCCUCUCAGCACUGGGGUCUUCGGCUCAGGUUCUAUCUAGGUGGAGUUUCCUUUUUCUUCCUGUGUGCAUGUUGGUUUCCUCCCACAGUCCUAAAUUGCCCUGAAUUUGUCUGCUCCAAAAAUUGCUCUUGUAUGAGUUUGUAUGUAUGUAGUGUCCUUCAACAGUAUUAGACCAGUGAGGUCAAUCCCUUUUUUCUGCUGUUCUUAUUAUCAUUUGACUGUAAGGUGUGUCCUGAUACAUUAAUUAUUCAAACAAAUAGCGCUAAAUGUCUACACUAAGUUUCAGAUAUUGGUUUUAUCUGUGCAGUCUGUGCAUUUAUAGUUAGAGGAAUAACCAACAUGAAAACAAGAGGGCUAUCCAUAGGUGAAAAACAAGUAACUGUGAAGCUGAGAUAAGAUGUAAAAUCAACCAGAACCAUUACACAAAUAUUGUCCAUAGCCAGAACAACAGUUUGGAAGUCCUGAAGAAGAAAGUCGUCACUGGUGUAUUAUAUAACGGGUGAUGAACAGGCAGAUCAAUGAAAACCACAGCAGUUGAUGACAUGAACAUUGUGAGUGCUGUAAACAAAAGACCCUAAAACAACUGUUAUUGACAUCAGCAAAAACCUCCAGAGGGCAGGAGUGAAGCUAUCACAAUCUACUGUUUACAGAAGACUUCAUGAACAAAAGUACAGAGGCUUUAACAGAGGAUGAAAACCACUAUUAACGAGGUGAAUAGGAAGACCAGAAUGGAGUUUACCAAGCCUGUGGACUAAUUAUGGACUAGUGAGACAAAUAUCAAUCCUUACUAAUGUGAUUGAAAGACUAAAGUGUGAAGAAAGAAUGGAUCUGCUCAUGAUUCCAACCAUACCAGCUCAUCUGUAAAACACAGUGGAGGUAGUGUCAUGGCUUAAGCUUGCAUGGCUUCUGAGUUCACUUUACAUCAAUGAAGAUUAAAGAAACCCAUCCAAGAAGAAGUCUACAGAAACAGUUUGUCUGUGAAUUUAAAGGAAGAUUAAACCAAACCAGAUUUUCACAGCUUUAAAGAAUUAUGAUGCAGCAAAGUAAAAUUUCAAACCAGUUGGCCCCAAAAAUGAUUCUGACCAAUCGCAGACACAGAGGUCCAAGGUCCAAGCUUCUUUGCAAAUGUUUUAAUCCUAUUAUCAACAGUUUGGUUCUAAAAAUGUAACUAAAUAUAACCACAGUUUCAUCUGUUUGGAUACAAGAAGGCACGUACCAGUAACAUGAAGAAUUUGGGACACCUAAUGAACCACAGAGAGGGAGAUCCAACGGAUUGUCUGACAUGUGCAGAGUGACCCUAAAGCACUAAUCACGAACCUUCAUUCAGCAGUAAUGCCCUCUAUGAGUAAUCCUGUUAGUGCCAGCACCAUUGGCAGAUGGCUGUACAAUGCAGGACGACAUGCACACAAACCAUUACCCAUUUUAAGAUAAGAGUAUGUACGUCUUUUCUACAUUUUAACUACAUAGUGCUGGGUGGGUAACAGGUAAAAUGUUAUCAGAUUUUACACUAUGUUCCCUGGGGCUUCAAAGCAAGUGAUUAAAAUUCUAAGGCCCACAUGAAAUAUAUAUAUGAUAUUGUAUUUAUUACUGAAAUUUGAAUAUUGUUUAGUUAAUUAGGACCGUUUUCAUUAUUACGCUUCAUCCAGGGGUUUAUAUGCAGUUCAAUAUAUUUAGGUAGUUACUACAUUAAUUAAUUUUGAUUAGAUAUUUGCAAAUAUCUUUACUGUUUAAUCCUAAAUUAUGAUAAAAAUAUGACCCCGCAGCAGAGGAAGCUCUUAUCCUGUUGACUGUGCUCACAUGACAUAUCAAGGCUGGAGGUAGAGUGAGGCAGAGCAAAGUAAAUGUGAGGAAGAGUGAAAUAAAGUAAGGAAGCAUAGUGGGGGUAGCAGAUAAUGUAGCAUCUUAAUUUACAGUGAUAUGAAAAAGUUUGGGCACCCCUGAUCAUUUUCAUGAUCUGAUUUUUUUUUCUUUAUAAAUUGUUGGUUGUUGGGAUCAGCAAUUUUAGUUUAAUAUAUCAUGUAGCAGAUAAACACAGUGAUGUUUGAGAAGUGAAAUGAAGUGUGUAGGAUUCACAGAAAGUGUACAACAAUUCCUUAAACAAAAUAAUGUAAAAUAAAUGUGGGCACCCCAACAGAAAAACAACAUCAAUAUUUAGUAGAUCCUACUUUUGCAGAAAUAACAGGCUCUAAACACUUCCUAUUGCUUCCAAUGAGAGUCUGGCUUCUGGUUGAAGGUAUUUUGGACUUUCAUUCUUCUUUAUAAAACAUCUCCAACAGUUCAGUCAGGUUUGAUGGUUUUUGAGGAUAAACAGAUGCUUUAAAUCACACCACAGAUUUUAAAUAAUAUUCAGGUCUGGGAACUGAGAUGAUCAUUCCGGAUUGUUGUACUUGUUCUUCUGCAUGAAUGCUUUAGCAGAUUUUGAGCAGUGUUUAGUGUUUAGGUUUGUUGUCUUGUUGAAGUUUCCAGCCUUGGCACAACUUCAACUUUGUCUCAACUUUGAUUCUUGAACAUUGUUCUCAAGAAUCUGCUGAUAUUGACUGAAAUCCAUGCGACCCUCCCGGUACCUGCACUGGUGCUUACUCCACACAGCCCCACCACCAAAUUUUACUGUGGGGAGCAGUAAAGUUCUUGUUUCCACCAUGCAUACCGUCUUCCAAAUAACUUAAUUUUAGUUUCAUCAGUCCACAGCACCUUAUUCCAAAAUGAAGCUUGGCUUUAGCAUACCUCAAGCGACUCUGUGCUCAGAAAAGACUUCUUCUGCAUUAUUCUCUCAUAUAGCCUCUCCUUGUGCAAAGUGCACUGAAUAGUUGAAUGAUGCACAGUGACUCCAUCUGCAGUAAGAUGAUGAUGUAGAUUAGUGCUAAAGGUAUUCAAAUCAAUAAAACAACAAGG